AUGUCUAACGUAACAUCAUUAUCACCCGAUAAAAACAAAAAACGCCCAUCUGUUUCUUCGAAAUGUUUACUAAAUAUAAAAUCUAUCGUUACUCAAAAUGUUUCUACAAAUAGUAACCAUAAAACUGCAUGUCUAUGUUCACCAACAUCCAUACUUGCACCAUUGCCAUUAGUCGAUCCAUUACUAUCAUCAAAAGAUUCUAUUAAUAAUUUAAAUAAUACAAAAGAAAUUGAAGAAAAAAAUCAAAAAAAAUCACAAUCAUUUCCAAAUAAAAAUAUUCUUAUUGAAUGUAUACAAAAAUCUGAUUUGAAAAAAAUAUCCGAUAAACAAAUUACAACGAAAAAUGGACAUAAUCAAACACAAUUUGAAAAUAGUAAAUCACAAUCAAUAUCGACUGAAUUACCUCAAGUACCGAUCGAUAAAACAAAACAAGAAAUUUUACAAAUGAACAAGAACGAGCCGUCUGCCAUUCCACCACUUCCAUUAAACUGUUCUAUAUAUCCUUUUGAUUCAUCUUCGUCUUCUAAUCGUACGAAACCAUUAUCAUCAUUUCCUACGCAAUCAUCAAAUCGUAUUAAUGAAGAAUAUGUAACACAGAUGAACCAUAUUAUUGAAUCAUCUAAUAAUUUAAACGAAACUAAGUCCAAUGAACGAUCUAUUCUUCAUUGUCAACCAAUACCUAUACAUAGGUUUGAUUCAAUAUCACCAAGUAUUUCUACUAUUGAUGAAGAUGAAGAUGAAGAUGAUUAUAUUAAUUUAAGUCAAUCAAUUAUUAUUGUUAAUAGUUCAUUAAAUUUACCAGUAGAUCCAAUAACUUCUAAUCAGACUAUAACAAUGAAACCACGUUUAAGUGAAUGUACUGUAAAACAAUAUCAUAACAAUCGAAAAGUAACAAUGAAUAAUUACGAAGCAAGUCCACGUUUUCCAAAAAAUUAUACUCGUUUACCACAUUCAUUACGUAAUAUGAAUUCUUCAUUCAAUCAUCCUUCACAAUUAGGAAAAAUUCGAUCACCAACAUUUAUGAAUCCUCCUAUCCGUCGUCAAGUUCCUCAAUUUGAAUCUGUACGUACACCUGUACAAAAUCCAUCAAUGAUAAAACAAGAAUCUCCAUCUACAACAAUACCGUCAGAAGUAUUCGAUUGUUGUCAAACUAAAACAGUUUGCUUAACAACAGAAAUAAUUACAACACAACGUAGUGUUAAUCAAAGAAAUUCUCAACGACAAACAACAACAAUUGAAACUGGCUUAAAUGAAUCCGAAGCUCGUUCGAAUUAUUUUCGUGAUGUAGCAAAAAUACGUGAAAUAAUGACUGAUGUAUCGAAACGAUUAACAAAAGAAAAUGAUUCAACAACAAAACUACCUAUUGUUGAUACUCAUUGUCAUUUUGAUCUUAUUUUUGAUCGUCUUCAUAUUAAACAUAAUAAUUUAAAAAAAUAUUUUACUGAUUAUAAUGAAUAUUAUCCAUUGGGUCUUUCAUUUGAAUUAGCUAUUCAAGUUUUUUGGCGACCAAAACAUUUAGCUGAAAAUAAUUGGAUAAAUUGGUAUUCAAGAUAUUUAGAUGAUGAACGUGUUUAUGGUUCAUGUGGUAUUCAUCCACAUUGGAGUUCAGCAUGGAAUGAAACAUCGGUUGACGAUAUUGAACGAUGUUUAAAACAUCCAAAAAUUGUUGCAAUCGGAGAAAUUGGUUUAGAUUUUGGACCGAAAAAUACAUGUUUAAUACAUGAACAACGUCGAGCUUUUGAAGCACAACUUAAAUUAGCUGCUAAAUGGUUAAAACCAAUCGUUAUACAUUCUAGAGAUGCUUAUCAAGAAACAUUUCAACUUAUGAGACAAUAUUAG